GUGCCUCUCCCCGAGCGCUCUCGGCGGCGAUGGCGAAGUGGCGACCGGUGUGGCCCGCGGGGAACACCCCCAAGCUGCUGUGCAGGCUCUGCUCGCCAGCGGUUUGCCCAGAGUGCGAGAUGGGCUCGCCGUGCCGGGACCACGUGCACCUUGGGAGGCCGGUCCGCCUCUGCGGCGACGGCGUGCAGGCGCCUCCAGGCAUGAAGGUCCUCCUCCCGGAGAACAUGGCGAGCGCUGGCUUCGCCCGGCUUGAGGCGACUAACUACCCCCCGGGCGCGCUGGGGGCCGGCGGCGUGGGGCCGGUCAGCAUUGGACACCUCGUUGCGUUCUCCAGAGACCUCGAGGCCCAGACGCAGCAAGAGGACGCCGUGGGCGUGCUCUGCUCGAAGGGAGCCUGCGCCAACGUCCUGCUGCUGCUGGGCGCCCACUUGGUGCUCGCGCGGGGGUUUUCCGCAGACGAGGCCUGCGCACGGCUGCCGAAGACCCCCCUCAAGCAGCAGCGGUUUCCGGCGCCGUGGGCGCGGGAGGCGCAGUGGCACGCGCACUCGCUCACGGUCAAGGAUUGCCUCGUCGGGCUGCAGGUGGCCGUGGCGAAGGGCUGGCUUGAUUACGACGGCUUCGACCACGAGGAGUGGCUCAGGCUUCUGAGAACAUACGACGCAAGUUUUGCUUUCCAUGUUCCUCUCAAGGCCCGCACAGGCGAGACCAGGCGGCUCACCUUCUAUGCCAUGGCCGACCCCGUCACGACGGUGGCGGACCCAGAAGUGAGGCCUGCGCCCCCGGAGGACGGCUUCGUGUCGGACUACGUCAACCUGCCCAGGGGAACCCGGAAGGGCACAAAGAAGAGGUCGCCCGGCGAUUUUGCCAGCGCCCCGGCUGGGACGAGGGAACGACUGCCAGAGUCAGAGGAAGCAACAAUUCGGUCGGAGCGGCAGGGCCCUGUCGAGAGGGAGCUGAACCCGGCCACACCGCCGGGGCCGACCAAGUGCGACAGGAUGACGACUGAGCCGGAUGCCGUGGCCAUCCCGAUGCGGGAGUACCACUUUGACAGAGUGGCCAGCUCGCGGGAUCCGAACCCCGCCGAGGACACACCGAAGCGGUGGAGUGUUAAUGAAAUCUACCCGAGUCCUCGCGACUGCGAGUACGACGGCCACGACGAGGAUGGGACCGCAAUCAGGUUCCACGCGACCUCCCCGACGCCCACGACGCCUUCCAGCGUCGACAGGGUCACGUGGUUGGAGAUGGUGCGCGUCAGGCGCUGGGGCCAUGAGCAGCACAGCAGGCAGAGCUCGGUGCCCGUGAAGUUGGUGAAGGAGCGCGGCCUGUCGACGCUCCCGGAGUUCGGCACAUGGCUGCGUUCGGUGGGCUGCAGGAGGUUGGUGCGGCUGAACCGCCCAAACGAGCACGGCUUGCCUUCGACUGGCUCGUACAGGGACUACUUCUCCCGGUGUUGGCAGGUGCAGCAGGAGACCAUGCACUUCGACGACGGCUCCGUGCCGCCCGUCCAUGUGCUCGCGAGCGCGGGCCACGACGGCCCCGACCAGGCGGGCGGCCGCAGCGCGGUCGUGGUCCACUGCGCGGCGGGCCUCGGCCGCACGGGGACGCUGCUGGGCGUGCUGGCCAUGGACAUGGCGGACAUCCCCGGUGGUGCGUGGAUGGGCUGGGUCAGGAUGUGCCGCCCAGGCUCCAUUCAGACGCUGGCCCAGGAGGCGUUCCUGAAAACCUACAGGCCGCAGAAGGCGGCCGUGGGGAGGACCCCGUGCAGAGCUGGCCUGUUGCGCCGCCUGCUCCGCAUCGUCCGCUGUUCGCGCGCCGCGGGGGACGCCUGA